ACGCCUGCGCAGUCAAACACGAACGGCGGUCCGACCGGGUCGCGUUAGGACGAAUCAUCGAUGUGAUGUGUUAGAAACGAUAACAUAAAUAAAUAAACAAAAAUGGAUCCCGAAAAAAAUAAAAACGAUGUGACGGUUGACGAUAUAUUAGAAAUAUUGGGUCCGUAUGGAAAAUACAAUAUUUACAACUACAUACUAAUACUGUUCCCCGUCUUGCUGUCUGGGAUGUAUUCGUCUGUAUACAACUUCGAGGCCAUGGAUAUAAGAUACAGAUGCUCGACACCAGAAUGCGAGGAUCCCAACGUUAAUUUCACAGUACCACAUCUUGAAGACGGUACACCAAGUAAAUGUCUGAAAUACGCCACGUUUUCCAACCUGACCGAUACCAACGACACUUGCUCGCCACACUACUUCGACAAGUCAACUGAGGUUGAAUGCGAUUCUUUCAUGUACUUCGAGGAGCACUCCAUUGUUAAAGAGUUUAAUUUGGGAUGUCAGCAAUGGAAACGUUCCCUCGUGGGUACAAUCCACAACGCAGGAUUCUUCGUCUCCAUCCCUCUGACGGGUCUUAUAUCAGACAAAUUCGGGAGACGGUGGGCACUUGUGUUCGCGAGUGUAUCGAACGGUGUGUUCGGUGUCAUUCGGGCAUUUUCUGUUAAUUAUAACAUGUUCAUAAUUCUUGAGUUUCUUGAGCCGGCGCUCGGCGGUGGAGUUUAUACAGCGUGUUUCGUACUUGCCCUGGAACUGGUGGGUCCACGUGGCAGAGUGCUUGUAAGUCUUCUGUUCAACAUGAUGUUCAUCCUGGGAGGGGUGUCGGUGACUAUACUUUCCUGGUGGCUUCAAAGCUGGAGAUACCUUCUCUUAGUUAUCUAUAUUCCAGCCAUCCUAGUGUUCUUUUAUUUAUGGUCACUGUCUGAGAGCUUCCGUUGGCUGUUCAGCAAAGGUCGUUAUGAGGAAGGUUUGAACGUCCUCGCGAAGUUUGAGAAGGUCAACAACGUGACGGUGCCCAAAGAGCAUUACGAUUUGGUAGAAAAAGCAGCCAUGAAACAAAGAGAUCAGAGGAAAUUCGAGGAACAGCUUACAAACCAGUCUACCUUCAAACAGCUUUUAAUGUCACCAAUGAUAUGGAAGAGACUGUUCACUUCGUCCUUCCUCUGGUGUUCAUCCACAUUGGUUUAUUACGGUCUUUCGAUUAAUGCCAUCGAAUUAUCAGGCAAUAGUUAUCUUAAUUACAUAGUUGUGAUUGCAAUAGAGGCCCCGGCGAACAUUUGCAAGCUCAUCUGUCUAGAUCGUUUUGGAAGGAAACGGGUUAUAGCUAUAGCAUACAUGAUGGCCGGCAUAAUUCUCAUCUGUUGUGGGUUCAUACCAGGUGGCAAUUGGUCGACCGCUUUUUAUUUAGGCGGUAAAUUCUUUAUAACGCUCGCCUACAACUCGCUUUAUAUUUUUGCUGCUGAGAUUUUCCCAACCAAUUAUAGAACAACAUUGUUAGCGAUUUGCUCCACUCUUGGCAGAAUCGGUUCUGCGGUUGCUCCCCAAACUCCAUUAUUAUCACACGUAUAUCAAUUCCUGCCAACUCUUGUCUUCGGUAUAAUGUCAGCGAUGUCCGGUUUACUAGUGCUCACGUUACCAGAGACAAACAAACAGAAAUUACCUGAUUCACUCAAAGAAGCGCAGGACCAAGAUAGAAAAAUAGAUGCACAUGAGAAUGAGACAGUUGAAAAUAAAACACGGCUUUAAAUUUUUGUAAGACUGAAUAUCGUUUUAUGAAAUCGUGCGUAACAAUUAAGUUGCUUAAUAUAAUAGUACAGUUUGUUUGUUGUAUCUUAUAUUAAAAAUGCCUGUAAGUAAUAAAUUAAUUUAUAAGUAUUAACAUUUUUAUACAAAACUUAAAAUUAUAUAUGAAAUUUUAAUACAUCGUGAUCCAUUCCUUAGCGUGUGACGAAGAUUUAACAUUUAAAUAUAUUAAAUACACAAGUUAUUAUAUACAUAUAUAUAUUAUUAAUUAUUAUGUAUCGUGUCUAAGAAUAUCUAGACACCACUGAUAGGCGGUUAAGAAAAACAUCGUGAGGAAACCUAAUAAUAAUUUCAAAUUAUAAGUUUGAAAUCGCCAAUCCGCAUCGAGCAAGCGUGGCGAUUAAUGCUCUAACCUGCUCCAUGUGGGAAGAGCAGUGGGCACCAAUGGGCUGAUGAUGAUGAUUUUUAUGUACUUGUCCUCUUUGUCAUGUAAAAUUAUAAAUAACAAAAUAUAUUCACCAUCAAAAAGUUAUACGACAAAUUACUUAGAACCAAGUCGUUUUUUCCAGCGUCACGCUAAGUCGUAUAUUAAGCGUUGCUAAAGUAACAUUUAAAUAAAUUUGUGAUAUUGUAAAUAAAUUUUGAUAUAUGUGUUAAAAGAAAUAUUUUUAAAGUGUUUUAUUUAAAUGUUCUAUUCAUUGUAAUGAUUACUUUGUUAUUCUUUAUGUUUAUGUCUUUUAAUCUGUGGCUUCAUUCGCACUGGGAUCGUGGAAUAUUCUGCCAAUGUCAUCAUUAUUAUUUGUUGGACGAAUUACAGUGUUGAGUUCAGUCUUUAUGAUUAUGAAAUAAAUGAAACGUAAUGUCCACAUUAUUCGAUAAAUUA